CUCGCCCUUGCAAAGGGUAUAAUCACAACUUUCCCAUCCUUGAAGGUUCAUAUUGACACAAUGGAGAUGGAUUUGAGCAUUUUUAUGAUCCAUCGUCUCAUUCUGGCUUCUUGGAGAUGAGGCUGCGUAACAUUCGGCGAAAGCUUGAAGCAGGUCAGCGGCGUUACACAAAACGCAAGAAAGGGUGUGACACUGCCCUAGACACAGGAGCAAGAUCGGAGCAGGACCAGGGGGAGAGCAGUGGGACCAGUGAGUGGAUCACCCUGAUGAAACGACUCAGGCCCUCUGCAGAGAACAUUCCUUCAAUCAAAUCAGCAAUGGAGAAUACAUACACCAGGCGCAGAUCAUGGAUAUCAAAGGCAACUCCUACAUUGACUGAAAUCUUCAACGAAUACCCACGCUUCUUGGAUAUGCCAAGUUUGAUGGAUAUCGAGUUUGGCAAAAUAACAGAUGCAAAGUCAGACCAGUUCAUCAGAAAAUGGGAAGUGACCAUCAUUCCAAAGCUGAGAGCAGUGGCUGCCUUGGAAAAAGGUGGUGUUGCUUCACUUACGGAGGGGAUGGAAGACCAGACAGAUGAUGAAAAGUGCUAUACUAUGCUGGUUCUUCUGACACAUCUUCUGCCACCAAUGCCCGGGAGUCGCUGCAGUGUGAAGUCAGCAAUAACAUUCCUGAUUGAUUUUGUACCGUCUGGAACCAGUAUUGCAUCCCUCUGCGACAACUCCGAGAUGGCACCAAGGACCCAGCCACAGCUGAUCUGCAUCGGCAGUCUGAAAAGCCCAACACGACAAUAUAUCAUCACUGCAAGGAACGACUAGGUGACCAUUCCUGUAAAUGAUGGCCUGACAUGUGCAGUUGACAAGCUAUUCAAGCUUUACUGGGUGUGCAACUUGACAUAUCCACCACAGCUGAGCUCUGUCUUCACCUUUUUUGAAUACAUCUAUGAUGUGACCAUCUCAACCAAGAGACCCAAGGUACUUGAAGUCCUUUCAAAGCUUCAGGCUGCGCAUUAAAUAACACAAUGUAUACGUGUCCAAAGUGCAGACAAUUUAUAUCUACAGAAGUAAGGAGAGUCAUUUGGCAUCUCCGUGAAAUUCAUGCCUUAUCAGAUGGACAGGACAUUACCAUUAUCUGCAGCCAAGAUGGUUGCCCAAGAACUUAUCAUAACUUCAAUUCAUUCGCCAAACAUCUUCAUAGAGACCACCAGUCCACAACAACAUUCAUGGACGAUGUGACAUUUCAACCUAAUGACCACAGUUUAUCAGAUGCAUAUGAGACUGGGACAUCUAGUACUGUGGAAACAUCAGACUAUGUUCCAGUUCAAACUGCCAUUCCUAGUGAAACUGUUGCCUCUUUUGUGGCAAAGAUAUACCGUUCAUCAAAUACAACUUUAAUGGAUGUAGCAAAAACUAUCUCUUGUACGCAAGAGGUAUUAGAGAGGACUGUUGAUAAUCUUAAACAGUCAACAACUACAUUGUUGAAUAAUCUGCAGGUACCACUUGGCAGUGAGUCUGUCCAGUCUUUAAUGGGCGAGUUUGAAGCUGCUAAACUAAUGUUUAAAGAUGUAGACACACCUUACAAAAUGAACAAAUACUUUGCAGAGAAAUUUGAUCUUGUGAAGCCGAAGGAAAUCUUUAUUGGCCAUAGGACAGACACAGCAAGAAAACAGGGACAAUUAAAACAAGUUUUGGCAGCAGACACGUGUCAAUAUGUGUCAGUAAUUGAGACUAUUAAAUUUCUGUUCAGUAAUGACCAGAUGCAAAAAGUUUACCUUCUGGGUAAGAAGCAAACCGAAGGGAAAAUGCACAAUUAUUGUGAUGGGACUCAUUUUACAUCUCACCCAUUGUUUGGAACAUGUCCUCAAGCACUCCAAAUACAGUUGUAUUUUGAUGAUCUGGAAACAACUAACCCUUUAGGCUCCAAAACUAAAAUCCAUAAAAUGGGUGCUGUUUAUUUUAGUUUAAAAAAAUCUGCCACCGCAAUAUAGUUCUUCACUUUCAAAUAUUCACUUAUGUCUUUUGUUUAAUUCUAUGGACAGAGAGGUAUAUGGAUUUGGUAAAAUUUUGGAACCACUGCUAGA